AUGGCGCGGGCGGAGCUCCGCACCGUGACCAUGCGCUCCUCCCCGCUUCCGCGCUGCGUCCUCCUCCUGCUGCCGCUGCCGUUGCUCUCGCUCUUCUCAGGCAUCGACGUUGCGUCGGCGGCCACGACGGCGGCGCCACUCAAGUUCGGCAUCAACUACGGGCAGAUCGCGAACAACCUCCCGCACCCGACGCAGGUGUCGGACUUCCUGCAGUCGCUGAACGUGAACCGCGUGAAGCUCUACGACGCCGACCCGGCCGUGCUGACGGCCUUCGCCGGCACGGGCGUGGAGUUCAUCGUCAGCAACGAGGACCUUUUCAACCUGACGGACGCCCGCAAGGCCCGGGCCUGGGUGGCGCAGCACGUGCAGCCGUUCCUGCCCGGCACGCGCAUCACCUGCAUCACCGUGGGGAACGAGGUGCUCUCCGGCAAGGACACGGCCGCCAUGCAGAGCCUGCUCCCGGCCAUGCAGGCCGUGUACCAGGCGGUGGUGGUGCUGGGCCUCGCGGGGCAGGUGAACGUCUCGACGGCGCACUCGGUGAACAUCCUCGCCAGCAGCUACCCGCCGUCGUCGGGCGCAUUCCGGGAGGAGCUCGCGCAGUACGUGCAGCCGAUCCUCAACUUCCACGCCGAGGUGGGGUCGCCGUUCCUCAUCAACGCGUACCCGUUCUUCGCCUACAAGGCGAGCCCGGGGACCGUGUCGCUGCCAUACGUGCUGUUCGAGCCCAACCCCGGCGUGGUGGACCCCAACACCAACCUCACCUACGACAACAUGCUCUACGCCCAGAUCGACGCCGUGUACGCGGCAAUGAAGGCCAUGGGCCACACGGACCUCACCGUCAGAAUCUCCGAGACCGGGUGGCCGUCCAAGGGGGACGACGACGAGGUGGGCGCCACCGUGGCCAACGCCGCCGCCUACAACGGCAACCUCAUGAAGAGGAUCGCCAUGGGCCAGGGCACGCCGCUCAAGCCGCACGUCCCCGUCGACGUCUUCGUCUUCGCGCUCUUCAACGAGGACAUGAAGCCCGGCCCAACGUCGGAGAGGAACUACGGCUUGUUUUACCCUAACGGCACGCCGGUGUACAACCUCGGGUUCGACAGAGCGUCCUUCAACCCGCCAUCGCCGACGUACUCCUCUUCUUCCAAGCUGGCGGCGAUUACAUUUCAGAUGGCGGUUGUUGUCCUACUCGCCGGCUUCUUCCUAUGA